AUGUCCAACACACAACAACAAGAACUCGAGUAUCUCAGAAGACGCAAUCAGCAGCAGGAGGAAGGUUUCGGAGGAGCCUCUACACUCGAAGCAGGCAGCACCAUGAGCGAACAGAAGCCAGUGAGCACUGCAGAACAAUAUUUUAACAUGGCUUACGAUUCGGUAUCAGAACAUCCAUAUAUUGCCACCGCCGGCGCAUUUGCUGCUGCCUAUUUUCUUGCCGGUGUCUUCAAGAAGCCUCAACCAGGUAUUGGUGGCAAAGCUUUUGUCAAGGGCGGAUUCGGUCAAAAAAUGUCAGCAAAAGAAGCAUUGCAAAUAUUGGGUCUUAGAGAAAGUAACUUGACAAAAAAUAAAUUGAAGGAAACUCAUAGAAGAAUUAUGUUGUUAAACCAUCCUGAUAAGGGAGGCUCUCCAUACUUGGCUACUAAGAUUAAUGAAGCCAAAGAUUUCUUAGAAAAGAGAGGUGGAAUGAAGAACAAAUGA